UGAAAUGAAGUGUGUAUUUUGGUCAUGUUUAUAUAAGGCCAUGUACACAGGGCCGUGAGAGGAGCUGAUGUAGCAGCGGCACGCGAACAGACACACACACAUAUGAGCUCCUCCUGAUCUCCAUCCUCACACAGCUGAAGACUCACCAGCAACAGUGAGGAAGCAAGUAGCCCACAUCAUAUCGUCAUGGAAACAGCAUGUGAGUGUUAGCGAGAGGGAAUGAGGAGCGAGAGGGAGGGAGAGGGACGAAGAACGAGUAGGAACUGCAUUAGAAAACAAGCACAGUCUCCAGAGCCAUCUGAAAGCCUCAAACUAUUGGCACGCUGUCUAAUCUCUUGGGCCUUCAAACACCUAUUAAAUAAGAAGAGAAGAAUACUGGACGUACCCUGAAUGUCCAUAAUCCAAGGAACUUAUGGAAUGAUUUGGAUCUGAAAAAACCAUCUUUUCGACACAGUCGUCCCUCCUGACAGACAGUUUGCUCUGGAGGCAGAAUGGAGCACACGACUUUGUAUUGUCCAUCUCAGACUUGGAAAGGCCCUAAUGUUUCAACGUUUUCAUCGGAGUGGGAUGAUACGCUGAACUCCUACCUUUUGGCACCUGAUGUGAUCAAACCUCCUCCACAGUUCCAAGAUCCAGAGGAACCUUGCCAGGCCACGCCCACCAACGCGACUGUUAUUAGAAAGAGGGAUAAAGACACGGUCAGGACAGGCGUCGUGCAGAAAGAGCGCAGAAGUAGACCUGUCAGUGCCAUGGAACACCACAGACGUUCAUUAUCACUUUCCACAGCCAUCACCUCCAACCCAGGAGCAACACGACGCCGGUGUGAAAGCUACGCCCUGUCGUAUCCCAGCAGCAGCUCCGAUGACAGUGGCAGCGAUAGCACUUCUGUGAGGAGAAAAGACCGGCUUCCUGACGCAGGGAUUCCGCACAAGGCUCGGAGCAUCGUUUUAAGAAAGGCCAAAAGGAAGCCAGCUCCACCUGCACGGACAGUGUCGCUGCCCAGACUUACAGACGUGAUGCUUCCAGAAUGUAGAACUCAAAGUCUCUACAUUCCCAACGACGUCAUGCUCCUUCCAGAUCUUAUUCCAUUAUCUAAAGAGGAAGCUGGUGACACCGCCACGCUCCCUCCCAAAGCACCAGGAGAUGUUCCAGUGAAUCAGAAUCAGAUCUCCAGUAACAGGCCAGUAAAAGAGAUAAGGUCUAGUGAACCAUGCAAGUCUUACACAAGUUCCUCUGUGGGAAAUCCUCUAAACGAACCUGCAAAAGUUGCAUGCAACUCUGACUGCAACAACUCACCAUCGUCUUCUCGCUCUUCUCCAUCUCAACCUUCUAUCUCCUCCCCAUCCAAACCACCUGGCUCAGCCUCACCUUCCAGUGGUUACUCGAGCCAGUGUGAGACGCCGACUCAGCCGACUGCGAUUACGACUGGAGCCUGCAGAAUGCGUCCCAAAGCAUCCGGCGGUGUUCCUGGCCAACAGGCUCGAAACUGCAGAUCGAGGUUAUCCCUGCAGUUACCUGAGACACAAGCAGUUAACCCCAAUCAAGAACCUUCUGUCGUCCUGCCAAAAGUCAACCGCCGUUACUCUGACGCUUCACACCCGAAGCAGAGAUUGAGUAACAGCAUGCUGAUUAUGCCUGUGGUGACUCAGGAAGACCUGAACAAAGUGCGCUUGCGUUCAGUCGGCAGCUCGGAUCUAGACACCUCAGCUGUCAUCGAGGAGGAGAAUGAACGGGAUGCUGGCUUUGCUGCUGCUCAGAACAGUCCAAAAAACAAACCCCCUGUAGCACCUAAGCCCCUACUGUCUAAAUGGCCACCGAGCACAGCAGCAGUGAACAAUUCUAACGAGGCUUCUGCUGCAGAUCUGAAUUAUGGACAAAACUGCAUUUAUUCAACAGUUAACAAAGUGAAGGCCAAGGUUGUUCUUCCCUCCUCAUCAAAUGUCAGUAGUGACCAAAAGCAGCAAUCUCAAGAGCACGUGAAGGACAUUAGUCACUUAUAUUCCCAGUGUAGAGGUGAUUAUACACAUGCAUUGUCCUACAAACCUUCUGCUGAUGCCAAACCGAGUGAGCCCCAGAAGAAGAGAAGAGCUCCAGCUCCACCGCUUUCAAAGAGACCCGACGCAGUCUUCCCCAUCUGUGAUAAGAUGCAGCAGGUUCAAUCACAUCCCAGUCCUUUAAAGCCAGAGAGUUCUCAGCGAGAAUAUCACGUCACGGUCUAUGGUCUCAUCCCCUCUUAUUCACAAGUGAAUGAAGAAGUACCUGAAUACGAAUUAUAUGAUAAAGAGGACGGACAAGUGCCGGAAAUCGGAGCUCUUCAUUUGGUUAGUGAAGUGGACGAGGUUUUUCUUCACAAGAACUCCUCUCACACCACAGAGGACCUUUUCACCAUCAUUCACAGGUCGAAGAGGAAACUAUUGGGUCGCAAAGACUCUUUAGAAAACAAGCAAGGAGACUUUGGCACUCAAACUCUCGGCGGCGUUUCUAAGUCCACCAACCAGAAUGACAACUUCAUGGCUCUUCUGAGACGGACGAGAAGCGCCAAGGCCAGCUGCGGGAGUCGACUCUCAGCUGCAGAACUUCUGAGGAGCUCCAAACCUGCAGCUUCUGCCUCCACAGAUCUGACCAGCUACAAAAAACACAACGUGAUGCAAUCUCACGGUCCUUGAACUGUUGUUGUCAUGAUGCUGUUUUGGCUGAAUAUCACAUCGUCUCAGUUUUGCUCGCUUAAACUUGUAAACAAUCUGCUUGGUAAAAAACACUGCUGAUCAAAGUUUUCAGAAAUUGGACACUUUAGAUACGGUUUAAAACUUAAAAUCUCUUUGUGUAAUUAAAGAUUACGACAGGUACGAUGAGUAAAAGCUUUAUAUUCUGCAAGUUGCAAAUAACAUUAGAGCUGGCUUUAUAUUGUCUAAAUGUUAAUUAUAUUUUAUGUUAUAUUAUAAAAUGUAUCUGUCUCUACUGCCUCAAGUGGAAUUUUGUGGAACAGCACGUUAAUGCUGUAUAUUGUUGACUGUUUUCAGAACAUAACUCACUGUAGAUUUAUUCAAAGUAUUAAAUUUCACUUCAUAUGGGACAAAUGUUUGUCUUUUACACAAGAUGCCUCAACAUUAUAAUUAUAACCAUUCUGUUCUACACCGUACUAUAUAUAUAUAUGUAAAUAUCCUCUAAUGAAUAAAUCAUCUAAACGUC